ACCUUCGAGGGAAAGUGGACGCGGUGGACAACGACACGCUUCUAACAGCUGGGACCCAAAGGUUAAAUAUAGCCCUGGAUACUAUCUACUCGCCAGAACUGAUCCAGGAUCAAUUUACAUACUGCAGCCGCAAUGAUCCUUGGAGCCAGAAGAGAAGAUACAGGAGGCAUCACAUCAGCAGCCGGUGCAGCAAGGACGUACGGCAGAGACCCACACCAGUGUGACCUGCCCUGGGACUUGAAACACAGAUGAGACAGCUGGGGAAGGAGCUGACAUGGUGUCGGGUGGCGCUCUGCUGUGCGGUGCUGCUGACAGGCCUGGGACCCGCGGCGACGGGGGAGGCUCACGUCAACCUGCGGCGUUUCAUUGGCUGCGCUGUGAGGGAGUUCACCUUCCUGGCUCGCAAACCGGGCUGCGGGGGUAUGCACAUCACCACCGAUGCCUGCUGGGGGCGCUGUGAGACCUGGGAGAAGCCUGUUCUGGACCCGCCCUUCAUUGAGUCCUACCAGCGUGUGUGCACCUACAACGAGACCCGCAUGGUGACAGUCAAGCUGCCCAACUGUUCCGCCCAGGUAGACCCCUUCUACACUUACCCAGUGGCCCUGAGGUGUGACUGCGGGCUGUGUGCCACUAGCACCACUGAGUGCAUCACUUCUGUCUGAUGACAUCACUUCCUUCCACUCUCUUCAGCUUCAGGCUGUUUAAUAGCCCCAGCUUCACCAAGCACUUGGGAGAGAGAGGGUGACAGAAUGGGUUUAGGCUUUUAGAGAUGAAAAGCAAACUGCAAGCAUGUGAAUAGCACUGAUCAGCAUUGUGUUUUACUGCAAGGGAUAAAAGGUAUGCUAUUGUAUUGUUUCGUCCUUUGUAAGCAGUUCUACUAAAAUGGUAAACUGUAUUUUUAUAAGAAUGUGUAGUUUUCUCUCAAGAAGUUGAUGAACAAGGACUAGAUUCUUUGCCAAUCAGUUUUUAAAAACAAUAAUCUUGUCACCUAUGCGGCCUAUUUAAUUGCCAUUUUAAGAACCCUGUGGUGCCACUGUCUUUUAAUCUGUUUAAAACGUUCAUGCCGUCAUGGACAAACCCAGCAUUUUAACAUGUUUUAUGCAAACCUGAAUAUCCAGUUUCAUAAUAAACAAGUAAUGAGCUCUGUUAUUUUGCUGCUUAAUUUGCACUGCAGAUUUAACAUUGGCUUUUCCUUGUGCUUACUGUGUGCACAGCAAUGUA